AUGUUUGAGCUUCCAAAAGAUGGCGUAGUUCCAAUGAGUAUUCAAACAGAGGCUUCUGAGUACUUGGUGCAAGACCCUCUUCCAGCCUGCUUCCUCCGCAACCCCGCUCGCCGUUUUAAUGGCGGUCCAACUGUUGGCAGUAUCAGACGAUCCGCACCCAUCACUCGCCCCGCCAAUUCCCACCACCCCACCAACCAAAGCUUCCAACUUUCCCUCACUACCGACAAAACACAACCAAACCCACCGGCACACUUAACGCUAAAACUGAAACACCAGACCCAAUACAGCAAAUCUCGCAACUAG